GACAUCGCCUCCGGACUCCACGAGUUGUCACCCUGGGAGCAUUGGUUGCAUCCCUUGGAACAAUAAUUCAACUCCUGGAUUCCGAUUGACCAAUCCAACCAAGAAGACACAUCCGCAAUGGGGAUCAAGACUCUCCUGUCCAACUCGACCCUCGGUCACUAUGUCAGGACCAUCCGGAGCUGCCCCAGGGAGCUCAUCUUUAACCGCCAGCUACUCCUCACGGUGGCCAUGUAUGCGAUGAGCGGCAUUCCUAUCACUUGGGACCAAGGCUCUAGUUCCGUCAUCUACAAGCUCCCCAGCUGGCAGAGCACGUUCAAGCUCGACAAUGCCAAUCAGCCUCAGGUGUCCAACAUGAUCUCGUUUGUGUGGAUCACCUGCGGUAUCGCCUCGGGUCUUUGCAUCAUGCUCAACGACCGCCUCGGACGCCUCUGGUCCCUGCGUCUGUACACGGUCGUCUACAUUGUCGGCCAGCUGAUGGCUACCUUCUCGAAUGGAAAUAUCGGCGCCCUCUACGCGGCCCGCCUCGUCUCAGGCGCCGGCAUCGGGCCCCUCACCGUGACAGGCCCGCUCUCCAUCGUCGAGAUCGCCCCGACCGAAGCGCGCGGCCUCCUGACUGUCUGGUUCAGCAUCGUCAUGCUCGCAUCGCUGACUGUGUCGACCUUUAUCACCUACGGCGCCUACGCCAACAUGGCCGCCACCAAACUGCAGUACCAGCUCGUUUACUUCUUCCCCAAUAUCGUCCUCGCCCUCGUCCUGGUCGCCUCCUUCUUCCUGUGCGAAUCCCCUCGCUGGCUCCUCCUCAAAGGCCGUCGUGACGAGGCCGUGAGGGAGCUCGUCAAGCUGCGCGGCCUCCCCGAGUCGCACCCACGCGUGGCUUCGGAGCUCACGUUGAUCCAGAACCAGAUCGCGCACGAGCGCGAGAAGUACGGCCGGAGCAGCUGGACGGGCAUCGUGCGCGAGACGUUCCUCGUCAAGGCCAACCUGCGGCGCGUGCAGAUGGCCUUCAUGGCGUACGCGCUGGCGCAGCUGUCGGGUGCCAACGCCGUGACGAGCUACCUCGUCCAGAUCUUCACCAUCCUUGGCAUGGGCGGCGACGUCAAGCGCCAGCUCUUCCUCAGCAGCAUGUACUCGCUUGCAAAGUUCUUCUUCACCAUCAUCUCGUCCUUCUUCAUCAUCGACGCCCUCGGCCGCCGCAAGUCUCUCUUCAUCGGCAUCACCGCCCAGAUCGCAUCCCACCUCUACCUCGGCAUCUUCAUCAAGUACAAGCAGGCUGGUGAGGUGUCCAGCGCGGCGUCCCAGGCUGCUGUAGCUGCCAUCUUCAUCCACGGGUUUGGGUACUCGAUAGGCCUCCUCACCCUCCCGUACGUCUUCGGCGCCGAGAUCUGGCCCAACCAGAUCCGCUCCUUCGGCUCCGGACUCACGCAGUUCUUCCACUGGUUCUUCGCCUUCGGCGUCAGUAAGGGCAUGCCCGGCAUCCUGUCCGACAUGGACAACUGGGGUGCCUUCAUAUUCUUUGCUGGCUGGUGCUUCAUCGCCCUCGUCUAUGUAUUCUUCACCGUGCCCGAGCUGGCCGGCCAUCCUGUCGAGAGGCUCGACGAGCUGUUCGAGGGGCCGUGGUACCAGGUCUAUAAGAAGGCUCGCGCGUGGGAGGCUAACGUGGUCGAGGCUGUCGAGUCCGACAGUGUGAACAAGGUGGUCCAAGACGGUGACAGCGUCUCGAACUCCGGCAAGGGACGUCAGGAGGGGAUGGAUAAGAUGGUCUGAAGGGGUUGUUUUUUAUCGCCAAAGUUUCCGUCUUCGAGUCUGCGCGUCUCCUUGUUCAUAUCCAAUACUGAUUUGUGUUGCAAUGUUUGUGAUUUUAUGUCUGCAGGCGAGCUCACUAUCUGAGUUAUCAUACACAGGUGUUUUAAGCCGAUAUCUCAGUAACAUGCAGCACCAAUGCUCUCCUUAAUUACC